CGUAAUCCCUCCGAGUCCGGUGGGCAUAGUUGGACCUACACAGCAGCAGAACAAGUCCCGCUAGACGAAGCUCUUAAUGACGAAGCCAUGGAGGACUACACAGUCUACCAAAGUAUCUCGCCCUGUUCUCGGAGGCCUGGUCGAUUGCCAACGGGUGAGAUUCCCCACAUAUACCGAGCUGAUGACGAAGUUCGGCAUGCAUAGAGCCAUGCAGCCGUCUGGGGCCUCCUCUGGUUCCGAGUGGCAUGUAUGUGUAAGAGAGCUCACCUAUAUAUGCUUCUUGUUUCGGCCUCAAGUGAAAUUGCUACCCCGUCAAGCCCCUCCCUAAAUCCCGCUACCCCGGUGUUCUGCGCAGCUUCGUCGUUGGUCCCAGCACUAGAGUAGCUCAUGAUGGCAAAACCGAAACACUUUUGGGCGGCUCUCGUCGCACUCAUGCCCCCAUUCGCCCGGGCUCAGCUCUUCCAGAAUGGCUCGGUCACGGCUCCUUGUGAUUCCGCCCUUUAUUGCCAUGGGGACAUAUUGAGCCAGGUUCAGCUUGCCCGGCCAUUCCAUGACUCGAAAACAUUUGUGGAUAUGCCGGCGAAGAGAUCACUGGAGGAGAUACAAAUGGCCUUUGAUGCGCUACCAAAGCCACUCAAAAACGACUCGGAUCUGAAUGACUUCCUUGAAACCAACUUUGCCAUGGCCGGUGGUGAACUUGAACCGUUGCAGGAUCUAGAUACCGAUCCUGUGUUUUUGAACAAGAUCGACGAUCCUGUCAUCCGCGAAUUUACCGAAGAGGUCAUUGACAUCUGGCCCGACCUUACCCGGACUUACGCUGGAGCCGGCAGUAACUGCAGCGACUGUCCGAAUAGCUUCAUCCCAAUCAACCAUCCCUUUGUUGUGGCUGGCGGUCGUUUCCGAGAGCCAUAUUACUGGGACUCGUAUUGGAUCCUUGAGGGUCUAUUGCGAACCAAAGGCGCCUUCACCCAGAUCUCUCGAAACCAAAUCGAUAACUUCCUGGACCUGGUAGACCAGUAUGGCUUCGUCAUGAACGGAGCCCGGAAGUAUUAUCUGAAUCGUUCUCAGCCACCCUUGCUCUCGCAGAUGGUACGUCUGUAUGUUGAGCAAACCAAUGAGACGGAUCUCUUGGAUCGGGCUCUGCCCCUGCUGAUCAAGGAACACGAAUGGUGGACCGUUAAUCGUACCGUGCAUGUUACCAAAGGUGACAGAACAUACCAGUUGAACCUGUACAAUGUUUCUAACACCCAGCCUCGUCCUGAAUCAUACUAUGAGGACUUUGUGACUGCAUCCAAUGAAUCCUAUCAUGCCAAAUCGGGAAUCAUCUACCCGGAAACAUUCAAAUUGAACGACACAGAGAAGGCUAUUGUUUACGCCAAUCUCGCAUCGGGUGCCGAAAGCGGGUGGGAUUAUACCACACGCUGGUUAGCACAUCCCAGCGAUGCUGUUCGGGACGUAUACUUUCCCCUCAGAUCCCUCAAUAUUAUUAACACCGUCCCCGUGGAGCUCAACUCGAUACUCUACUGGAACGAGUUGACGAUUUCUCAAUUUCUCAAUAAAACGGGUAAUGAGGGAGAGGCGGAGACAUGGGCAGAGAGGGCCGCCAAUCGAAGUGAGGCCAUGUACGACUUGAUGUGGAACUCGACCUUGUUCUCCUACUUCGACUACAACCUUACAUCGGCAACGCAAAACACGCACGUUCCCGCAGACGAAGAUGCGACGUGGAUCGAACGAAACAAAGCGCCGACCGGCCAGCAAGUGUUCUUCUCAGUGUCACAGUUCUUUCCGUUCUGGACAGGGGCCGCACCCCCUCACCUGAAACACAACCCCUAUGCGGUGAAAAGGGCGUUUGAACGUGUUUCUGCGUACCUAGACCAUAAAUCUGGAGGGAUUCCUGCGACAAAUCUUCACUCUGGGGAACAGUGGGAUCAACCUAGUGUUUGGCCGCCUCUCAUGCACGUCUUGAUGAAAGGCCUCUUGAACACACCUCCAACUUUCGGCGAGUCAGACCCUUCGUACAUCAACGUACAGGAGCUUGCUCUGCGUCUCGGUCAACGCUAUCUAGACUCGACUUUCUGCACUUGGUACGCGACAGGAGGCUCCACGAGCGAGACCCCACAACUUGAGGGAUUCAGUGAUGAAGAUAUUGGCAUCAUGUUCGAGAAAUAUUCCGACAACUCGACCAAUGAGGCUGGCGGCGGGGGGGAAUAUGAGGUUGUCGAAGGUUUUGGAUGGACAAACGGCGUUCUUAUCUGGGCAGUGGACACUUUUGGGGAUAACUUAUCCCGACCUGACUGCGGCGACAUUAGCGCAGCCGACGUACAGCCAGCUAAGCGAAGUAACUCCCGAAGAGCCGUUGAGCUGAGUAGGCGGGAUGCGUCUUGGACGAAGAAAUUUGGGAGGUCGCGAAGCUCGCACAUGUCCCAUAGAUCUCCCAAAUAACCAGCUGACGGAGGCAAUAGUUGGCUACUAUAUAGCAGGCUGUAGCAAUGACUGUAAUUAUCAGAUGCCCUCAGCCACCUUAUCAAGGUGUGACAAACC